CAAAAAUGGUGAAAAUCUGUUGCAUUGGAGCUGGGUAUGUUGGAGGUCCAACAAUGGCGGUUAUUGCACUCAAGUGUCCUUCCAUUGAAGUAGUUGUGGUUGAUAUAUCGGUCUCUCGGAUCACGGCCUGGAACAGUGACCAGCUUCCCAUCUACGAGCCAGGGCUCGAUGAGGUGGUCAAGUCGUGUAGAGGCAACAACUUGUUCUUUAGCAGUGAUGUUGAAAAACAUGUGGCUGAAGCCGACAUCGUCUUUGUAUCGGUUAACACGCCAACCAAGACUCGAGGUCUAGGAGCCGGGAAAGCCGCUGAUCUUACGUACUGGGAGAGUGCGGCUCGUAUGAUUGCUGACGUGUCGAAAUCCGACAAGAUUGUGGUCGAGAAAUCGACGGUUCCUGUGAAAACGGCCGAGGCUAUCGAAAAGAUCCUCACCCACAACAGCAAAGGGGUGAAAUACCAGAUCCUCUCGAACCCGGAGUUUCUUGCUGAGGGUACAGCGAUACAAGACCUUUUCGCCCCUGACCGUGUGUUGAUCGGAGGGAGAGAAACCCCCGAUGGUCGAAGGGCGAUUAAGGCAUUGAAAGAUGUUUAUGCUCAUUGGGUGCCCGAGGAGCGGAUUCUUUGUACGAAUCUUUGGUCGGCCGAAUUGUCCAAGCUGGCGGCCAACGCGUUCUUGGCACAAAGGAUCUCCUCCGUGAACGCCAUGUCAGCGCUCUGCGAAGCGACUGGUGCUGACGUGGCAGAAGUUUCCCAUGCAGUGGGAAAGGACACCAGAAUCGGACACAAGUUCCUAAACGCCAGCGUGGGGUUCGGUGGAUCUUGUUUCCAAAAAGACAUCCUCAACUUGGUUUACAUCUGCGAAUGCAACGGCUUACCAGAAGUCGCAAACUACUGGAAACAAGUGAUCAAAGUCAACGACUACCAGAAAUCCAGGUUCGUCAACCGAAUCAUUACAUCAAUGUUCAACACGGUUUCCGGCAAAAAGAUUGCAAUCUUCGGGUUCGCUUUCAAGAAAGACACCGGCGACACAAGAGAAACUCCAGCAAUCGACGUCUGCAAAGGGUUAUUAGGGGACCAGGCUCGAUUGAGCAUAUACGAUCCGCAGGUGACUGAAGAUCAGAUUCAGCGAGACUUGUCGAUGAACAAGUUCGACUGGGACCACCCGUUGCACCUGCAGCCAAUGAGCCCGAGCUCGGUGAAGCAAGUGAGCGUGGAGUGGGAUGCAUACGCAGCGGCUAAGGGUGCACAUGGGCUGUGCAUACUGACGGAAUGGGACGAGUUCAAAAAGCUGGACUACGAGAAGAUUUACGAGAACAUGAUGAAACCGGCAUUCGUGUUCGACGGGAGGAAUGUGGUGAAGGCUGAGAAACUGAGGGAGAUUGGGUUCAUUGUGUACUCAAUUGGGAAGCCACUGGAUCCAUGGUUGAAGGACAUGCCGACCGUCGCGUAAAGUUGGUUUGUUAUAUGUAUGUAUGUAUGUAUGUAUAUGUAUAUGUGUUUUUGUUGCCUAGAAGGUAACGGUCAGUCAAUAAUAAGAAAUAAAUAAGUUGAAAUUUUU